GCCCAUUCGCAGCCCACAACUCCUUUAGUCCGCUUCAGACUUCAUCGAGUGCAACAAGGAUUUGCCGAUUAGGAGGAAACCCCUAGCCACACCGCUCAUCUUCUACUAUGCUCUUCCAUUCACUCUGUCAAAGAUUUCACGGAUUCAUCAAAGGAGUCAAGGAGAGGUCAUAGACAGUAGUCCGACACGGCCAACUUGGGACUUGCUCGGCAUCAAUCAGCACUCACUAUCCCCGCCUCCGUUCGACGCCAGAUUCGUCUCACACUAUUUUCAUCUCCGACCAGAUUUCGCAAUCGAAGAGGAAUUUCAUUUGUAGAAACUAUGAAUUUAAUAUCUCAAAACGUCGCUUCUAAAAACCGUUCUGACAAGAAGAAAAGGGUGGUAGUCGAUGAGCAUCCACUUCUCGAUAGCAAUGAACAAACUCAAGAGAUGAAAAGCUCUGAUGCAGCAGACUCAGGUCACCGCAAAAGGAAGAAGCAUAGCAAGGGCUUAAAGUCAGAGGAGGUGGAGGAGAUGAAGAGGCUUGAGGAUGUCUUGUUUGGCUCCUUACACUCACCUCUUGAAUAUGGAAAUGAAGAGGCCGACAAAGAUUCUUCAUUGUUUGUUGUGGACCGAAUAGGCAGCAGUUCAUUGACUCCUUAUGAACAUGAUGAAACACAAAUGAUAGAUGGAAGAAGUGAUGAAGAGGAGGGGGAGGAGGAGACGAAGGAACGGAAACCAGUCUGGAUAGACGAAGAAGAAGAGAAGACCAGCAUAAACCUGGCCGGAGUAAACAGAUUGAGGAAGCUAAGGAAGGAAGAAGAUGAGACUGUAGUUUCUGGGUCCACAUACGUGAGCCGAUUGAGAGCACAACAUGUUAAGCUGAACCCGGGGACAGAGUGGGCUCGACCUGAUUUUCCGAGAGGAGGAAGCUCAUUAUCAGAUGAUGAAGAUUCUGAUCUAGAAAACGGCGAUAUCCUUCGUACCAACGAAGAACUUGUUGUGAAAAGCAACACAAAGCUGUUACCAGGAAUUUUAGAACAUUCUAGACUGGUUGAUGCAAACAGAAAAGAGUAUUCGAAUGGUCCUAUAAACUCCGUCCAGUUCCACAGGAACAGCCAGCUUCUUCUUGUUGGGGGAUUGGACAAAAGGCUUCAAUUCUUUCAAGUUGAUGGGAAAGAGAACACCAAAAUACAAAGCGUCUUCAUUGAAGACUGUCCGAUUAAAAAGGCAGCUUUUUCGCCUGACGGAUCUCAAGUCAUCAUAUCUGGUAGACGAAAGUUCUUCUACGCCCUUGACUUGGUCAAGACAACAGUGGAUAAAAUUGGACCUCUGGUUGGAAGAGAGGAAAAAAGCUUGGAAAGCUUCGAGGUAUCUCCCAAUUCUGACAUGAUCGCAUUUCUAGGCAACGAAGGGUAUAUUUUGUUGGUGUCCCUCAAAACAAAGGAACUGGUUGGCACCCUAAAGAUGAAUGGGACAGUUCGGUCAAUUGCUUUCACCAACGAUGGCCAGCAAUUAUUGAGUUCUGGUGGCGACGGCGAAAUUUACCAUUGGGACUUGAGGAAAAGGGCUUGUUUUCACAAAGGUGUUGAUGAAGGCUGCAUUACUGGCACUUCUCUCUGUGCUUCACCAAACGGGGCUCUAUUUGCAGCCGGUUCAGACAGUGGGAUUGUGAAUUUGUACAACAGGGUGGAUUUCUUGGGAGGAAAAAGGAAACCCAUGAAGAGAAUUGAGAAUCUCACUACCAAAGUUGAUUAUAUGAAGUUCAAUGGGGAUUCUCAGAUACUUGCUAUAUGUUCGAGCAUGAAGAAGAACAGCUUGAAGUUGGUGCAUCUUCCUUCAUGCACAGUUUUCUCAAACUGGCCUCACCCAAACCAAGUGCUGCAUUAUCCAAGGUGUUUGGAUUUCAGUCCUCACAGUGGAUUUAUGGCUUUGGGGAAUGCCAAAGGAAAAGUUUUGCUAUAUAAGUUGCAUCAUUACCAUCAUGCAUAAGUUUUGGCCUUAAUUUCAUACUGUUUUUGUAAUCUUAUAUGUUGCCAUGUGGUUGUUUAAUUGUAUGCAAAAGAAACACCACCCACCUCCAUGAUAAUGUUGCGGACUUGUAGUGUCUUAAUGCAUGGCGGAUUUUGAUUAUGGUUUUGGUAUUGGUAUUGUUUCUGGCCUAUUGCAACUUAAUUGAGAUGCUACUUACCGCAUUGGAGGAUUUAUUAUAUUAUCCUUUAUAUUUAUGAGAUAUUACCCAAAAUGAGACUAAAAAAGUUUGAAAAUUCCAAAAUAGGACUUCCAUGUUUUUAUUCCCAAAAUAGGACUAAUUACAGCCAUGUUUUGGCAGUACCAAACUUCAAAC